UAUCGUCGCGAUGGUGAAUGCGGCUGCUCCUCUCCUCUCUCCUCCUGGUUUCGUACGCUCUUCGGCCGCUCAGAAAUGCUCGAUUCCUUCCUUGAUUGCUGCUUCCAGGAGGCGGAGGAGGAGGAGGGGCCUCCUCCUCUCCACGGCCGCCGCGCUCCUCCUCGCUUGCCGGGGUUCCGCCGCCGUGGUCCCGCCGCCCUUCGACCCUGUCACUCAGCGCGAGAGGAACGCGAGCGCCUCCCUCUCUCUCCGGAUAUCGGACGCCGUCCGCUUGCUCGACCUCGCCCGUGACCUCCAGGCCAAGGGGGACUACUCCCGAGCCCUAGACUACUUCACUCUGGUAGUUCAAGAGUACAAGGACUUUGCUUUCUCAGACUAUGCAAGAGUUGGAAGGGCAUUGUUAUUGUAUGAGAUUGGAGACAGGGACGAGGCCAUUGCUGAGAUGGAGGAUGUUUCAAUUUCCCUAAAGGGCUACCCAGAGAUACAUGCAGCUCUAGCUGCAGCAUUGUAUGCUGACAAGCACGCUGCACUCCUUGCUGAGAACCAGUUUACAAUUGCCACUCUUUUGGACCCUCAUUAUACUGAUCUCUCAUAUGUGAGGGAAACUAAGCAUUGGCCUCCGAGCUUGAUCGAUUCCUUGCAGCAUUUCAUCACACUUUCCUAACAAGCUCCAAUAUCUUGCUUGGUUGCUAAAUGGUGAUGCAUUAAGUCUCUUUCAAUGCAGAUGUUAAUAGGCUAGAAACAAAUUUUGUGUGCCACUUCUAAAGGCAAUCAUAUCAUGGGUAAAUUCUAAAGGAUACAUUUGAUAAGCUUAUUUAAGUUGAUUAUGGGAUCAUUACAGAAGAAUCUGCAUUGCUGAUAACA